CAGUUUCAGUUGCGUUCGUGGACCCGUCUGGCACAGACGGUGGCGUGGCGUGGUGGCUUUAUUUUGAUACGGCUUAAUACUUCCGCACACACAUUCACUGCGCCACGGAUCGGUUCGGUUUGGACGGCUUGUGCUAUCUUUCUCUUCGAGGUGGAUGCCAUGAGCGACCGCUAGAUAAGCUCUGUAAUCGCAAUUUUGUCAGUUGCUACGUUGACAAGGAUAAGGAAGAAGGUCGAAUAUUGCGAGAAUAUCGGACAAGGCAAAGUGUGAGCAACGGGUUGAAAUGACGAUUAGGAACGGUGCUUGACUGCUGCAGCCUGUUAAUAUUCCCAAAAACGGGAGUAAACCCUAGGAAUUUGAGUCAAGAUUUAUUUUUAGUUGUCAUUUCAAAAACACAAUGGACUUUCUCAAGCGAUGCUUCGUCAAACGUGCCUCGACGGAGGACCUUGCCGACGGUUUGGAGACUGCUCAGGAAUACACUGCUCGCUGGAACUCCAUCCGAAUUAUUUACUACACAAUGUUUCUGAUGUCACUGGGUUUCAGUAUAAUCCUGACUGGAGUGUGGCCAUACCUAGACAAGUUAGAUCCAGAUGCAGGUAAGGAGUUCAUGGGGUGGAUUGUCAGCGCCAAUCCGGUAGGACAGAUGAUAUUCAGCCCUCUGGUUGGUUGGUGGAGUAACCGACUAGGAUCCAUACGGCUACCCCUCUUGGUGUCACUAGCACUGUUCUCGAUUGCCAGUGGAAUCUACUCUACGUUGGAGCUGUUCACCUCACACCACAAGUAUUGGAUGAUGUAUUCGCGUUUUCUCAUCGGAGUCAGUUCUGCCAGUAUUGCCGUCUGUCGAUCGUACCUUUCGGCUGCCACAAAAGUUCGUGAGCGCACGGGUGCUGUAUCGAUGGUAUCGCUCGCUCAAACUCUAGGGUUCAUCGUUGGACCAGCUUUACAAGGUCUCGUCACUCCUUUGGGUGAUCGUGGAGUUCCGUUGUUUAAGGACAAGCUAUACCUCAACAUGUACACCGCAACCGGGUGGAUAAACGUCGUGAUGGGCAUCAUGAACUUUUGUCUAUUCUUGCCGUUCUUCUUCAAGGAGAAGCGUAUAGCAGCGAAAGAAGCCAUGGUUCAACAGGGAAAGGAUAGCGAAAAAGAAACUUGGAAGGCUCUGAAACCGGACUACGUGUCGGCUUGGUCCUUGAUUUUCGCUUUCUUCAUUUUAGUGUUCAACUUUGUAUUUUUGGAAACGUUGGCAACUCCACUAACGAUGGACAUGUUUGCUUGGACAAAAGCAGAAGCCUUGUAUUACAUGGCUUGGGUUAUGGCCGUGGGAGCAAUCGUCGCCAGCGCUACCUUUUUGACUAUUGGACCAUUGUGUAAAAAGUUCGCAGAGCACAAAGUACUACUGUGGGGAGGAUUUUUCCUUAUGGUCCUGGGUCGAGCUGUCUAUGUCCCGAUGAGUGACAGCCCACCAAUGCUAGCAAUUCCUCUAAAUAGCACUGCACUGCAUCAUGCAGAACCGUAUGUUUACGCCUCAAACUUUACGGAAGUUUAUUCCAACCUCACAAGGGUUGAGUAUGACGAGAUGUCUACAGUGCCAGUGAUGGAAACUGUUCAAGAUGUUGAAGUAUUGGGAUGCCCUAUCACGCAAGAAUGGUGCAAGACAACUAAAGGAAUGACCAUCAGUCAGUUUCUCAUAGGAUACGCAUUCACAGCGAUUGGCUAUCCGAUUGGAGUGACUUUGAUUACAACCAUUUUCUCCAAGAUCCUUGGUCCGAGACCGCAGGGAACCUGGAUGGGAAUUAUGACUGGUUCAGGUUGUUUGUCACGGGCUUUGGGGCCGGUGUUCCUGUCAACUAUCUAUACCAAACUAGGACUGUAUUGGACAUUUGGUUCAACGGCGGUGAUGAUGGCAGCUACAAUGCUGUGGCUGUGGUUGGUGCGAGAUCGUUUGAUACCACCGGAGUACGAGAAUCCCAAUUCGGGUCAAGAGCUUCAAACUGUCACCAGCAAAAAGGAUCCCAACGCCGUCGAUCCUUCCGAGCUAGAGAAGCUAAAUGGCAGUAUUCCGCAGAUGAUGGAGCAACCAGAGCAACUGGAGAAACCAAGCUGAGUCUGAUAUUCAUUAGGAUUAAGUUUAGGUUAAGUAAUCGAGUCGACAACUGUUUUGCACCAAAACACAGACGCACAAAGGCCCAUUAGAUAUGUAUCUUAAAUAAUUUCGUAAAUUAUUGUACCAUGCAGAGAAGGAUGUUACAAGGGCAUCAUCCAAUGCUAGUUCGAAUAUACUUUUUACGGUGUGGACUA